AUGGCAGCUACAUCAGCUACAUCAGCUACUUCCUUUUCUAUUGGAUCGAAAAUCUCUUUUGGUCCUAAAGCGAGCCAACUCCUGCUGCCAAAACCAUCUGUUGUUAGAUUCAACUCUCAGAAGCCACUUGCAACCUUCAGCGGUCUGAAGGCAACAGGCUCUAUGAACUGUGAGUCAGAGUCUUCAUUCUUGGGCAAGGAAAGCUAUGCCGCGUUGCAGAAUUCUUCAUCACCAAGAAGUGUCAAGUCAACUGGAAGGACGCAGUAUCACCUCAAUCCCCAGGCAUCUUACAAAGUGGCUAUUCUUGGAGCAGCUGGAGGGAUUGGCCAGCCUCUGGCAUUGCUGGUCAAGAUGUCUCCAUUGGUUUCUUCCCUCAACCUCUAUGAUAUUGCAAAUGUGAAGGGUGUUGCAGCUGAUCUAAGUCACUGCAACACGCCUGCCCAAGUCUCAGAUUUUACUGGGCCGUCUGAACUUGCUGAUUGCUUGAAGGGUGUGAACGUCGUUGUCAUUCCAGCUGGAGUCCCAAGAAAGCCCGGGAUGACCCGUGAUGAUCUAUUUAAUAUCAAUGCUAGCAUUGUAAAGACCUUAGUUGAAGCUGUUGCUGAUAACUGCCCUGAAGCCUUCAUCCAUGUCAUAAGCAACCCAGUGAACUCUACAGUACCAAUUGCAGCCGAGGUUUUGAAGCAGAAGGGUGUUUAUGAUCCAAAGAAGCUGUUUGGUGUUACUACUCUCGAUGUUGUGAGGGCAAAUACGUUUGUCGCUCAGAAGAAGAACCUAAGACUCAUUGAUGUAGAUGUCCCGGUUAUUGGAGGCCAUGCUGGGAUUACUAUCCUUCCACUUCUGUCAAAGACAAAACCCUCGGUCUGUUUCACUGACGAGGAGAUCCAUGAGCUGACUGUGAGGAUUCAGAAUGCUGGAACUGAAGUAGUUGAGGCAAAGGCAGGUGCUGGCUCUGCUACUCUGUCGAUGGCAUAUGCUGCAGCAAGAUUUGUGGAGUCUUCUCUUCGCGCACUUGAUGGAGAUGGUGAUGUGUAUGAGUGUGCAUAUGUGCAGUCUGAUGUUGCUGAUCUGCCAUUCUUUGCAUCGAGAAUCAAGUUAGGAAAGAAAGGUGUUGAAGCUCUCAUUUCAUCGGACCUCCAGGGUCUUACCGAGUAUGAGCAGAAGGCAGUUGAAGCGCUGAAGGCUGAAUUGAAGUCCAGCAUUGAGAAGGGUGUUGGUUUUGCCCAGAAGCAGUCUGUGGCUGCUGCCUAG